CCCGCCCGGCAGGGCUCGGCGCUCAUUGGCUCUGCCGCUGCGGCGCUGGCCCGCGAUUGGCCGGGCGGCGUCGGCUCGGCGCCCCGCGGCCCCUCGGCUCUAGUCUCCGCAGCCGCCUGCAAGGGGCGGGGGCGGAGUGUGAGGCUCGGCGGACGGGGUUGCGGGCUCGGUAGCGGCGCUUCAGGGCGCGAGCGCGGGAGGUGCUGCCACUGCAGGUAACAGAGGCGCUGCGAGGGCAGCCGCGGCCCUGUGGAGAUGAGGAAAUUGAGGCACAGAGAUUAGCUAAUCUGAACCAGAUAAUGCCAUAAGUAGUAGAGCUGGGAUGCAAACUUGGACAGUCUGACUCGAGUCUGCACACUUAACUACUCCACUGUUCUGGCCUUCAACAAGACACAGUGCCUGGCACGUAGUGAUGGCUCAGUAAAUGCUUGAAUGAAGAAGUAUGUCGUCCACAUUGAUUUCCAAAAGAUGAGUCGUGGAUAUUCAGAAAACAACAAUUUCCUAAACAAUAAUAACCAAAUGGUGUUGGACAUGAUCCUUUAUCCAUUAGUUGGAAUCCCUCAGACUAUCAACUGGGAAACUAUAGCAAGGCUCGUGCCUGGAUUAACACCGAAAGAGUGUGCAAAAAGGUUUGAUGAAUUAAAGAGCAGCGGAGGCUCACCUGUUGACAACCAGUAUAAUUCCUUCAUGGCUGCUGGAGAGAGUCCUGUUGAAACUUUAGCCACAUAUAUCAAAUCCUCACUUCUUGACAUACAUGGAGAAUUUCAGGAGAUUCCAGUUGGUCAUGAUGCAGUUUCCAAAACAGGAAGACAUAGUAUAGCUUCUACAAGGAAUUGUUCUUCAGAAAGUGAAAAUUGUACUACUCAUAAUGGCGGAGAAAAGACUGAAGAAUCUGAAGGAGACGUGAUCUCACUGUGUUGCCCAGUCUGGUCCCAAACUCCUGGGCUCAAGCAGUCCUCCCACUUCAGGCUCCCAAGGUGCUGGGAUUACAGUUGUGAGCCACCAUGCCUGGCCCUCCAGCCAAACAUGGUGAUCCAUGUGUGUGAUGAAGCAAAAAACUUGAAAGAAGAUUUUACUUGCCCGCGAGAUCUUUUGAUAUCAGAAAUGAAGUACUUUGCUGAAUAUUUAUCUAUGGAUGCCCAGCGCUGGGAAGAGGUGGACAUUUCAGUUCAUUGUGACGUUCACAUUUUCAACUGGUUGAUAAAAUAUGUUAAAAGGAACACUGAGGAGAAUAAAGAUUGUGAGAUGCCCACUUUAGAGCCAGGAAAUGUCAUUUCAAUUCUUAUUUCUUCAGAGUUUUUAAAAAUGGAUUCACUGGUUGAACAGUGUAUUCAGUAUUGCCACAAAAAUAUGAAUGCCAUAGUAGCUACCCCAUGCAACAUGAACUGUAUUAAUGCAAAUCUUCUCACACGUAUAGCUGAUCUGUUCACACACAAUGAAGUUGAUGAUUUAAAGGACAAAAAAGAUAAAUUUAGAAGCAAACUUUUUUGUAAGAAGAUUGAAAGACUGUUUGAUCCUGAGUACUUGAAUCCAGAUUCUCGGAGUAAUGCAGCAACCUUGUAUAGAUGCUGUUUGUGCAAGAAACUUUUAACAAAAGAAACAGAAAGAAGAAUUCCUUGCAUUCCUGGAAAAAUCAAUGUGGAUCGACAUGGAAAUAUUGUCUAUAUUCACAUCAGAGAUAAGACAUGGGAUGUUCAUGAGUAUUUGAAUAGUCUUUUCGAAGAAUUAAAAUCUUGGAGAGAUGUAUACUGGCGAUUGUGGGGAACAAUCAACUGGCUGACUUGUUCAAGAUGUUAUCAGGCCUUUCUCUGUAUUGAAUUUUCACAUUGUCAGUAUCACUCAGAAACAGUGGUUUAUCCUACUGCAGCAAGUUCAUUGAAUACUGUUGGCACUGGAAUUUAUCCCUGUUGUAACCAAAAGAUUCUUCGGUUUGAUCCUACUCAGCUUACAAAGGGUUGUAAAGUAAGGGACCACAUGAUUACACUUCGUGAUCAAGGUGAAGGCGGAGAUUUGCCAUCCUGUCCCAUUGCUAGAAUAUUGGACGAUUUGCACAAGUACAGAGAUGUCAUUGUUGUGCCUUUUUCAAAAGAUACAAUUAGUGAUGUUGGGGUUGGCCCCUGUGAUGAAAAGGGUAUAGAAUGUGAUGUUUUACUGGAGCCAAAUACACCAUGGGGUCCCAAAACUGGGGAGCUCAAUGCUUUCUUGUCAUUGAAAAACUGGACUCUACAACUGAAACAACAGUCGCUGUUUUCAGAAGAAGAAGAAUAUACCACUGGAUCUGAGGUCACUGAAGAUGAAGUUGGAGAUGAAGAAGAAGUAUCCAAAAAACAAAGGAAAAAGGAGAAGCCAAAGAAGUUCACUAGACAACCAAAAAAGCAGGUAUCUUCACCCUGUGCUCAGAGGAAAGAAAAGGCAUUGGAGAAGUCAGCUUCUAGAGAUGUGUCUCCUUUCGUUGUGAGUAUGCAGAAGAAUAAGUGGGAUGCCACAAGAUCCUUGAGAUUCAACCAGGAUGCACAGAGAGAAGAUGAUCAGCGGCGAAUGUCUGAAAUUACAGGGCAUCUAAUAAAAAUGAGAUUGGGGGAUCUGGACCGAGUCAAGUCAAAGGAAGCAAAAGAAUUUGCGGGAGGUAUUUAUUCCAGGUUGGAAGCACAAAUCAAGGCCUCGUUGCCAGUCAGUGCACGCCAAAGCAGCUCGGAGAAAAACACAAGGUCUAAAAGUCGUUUUGGUCAAGGGCGUCCUGCAUAAAGCACCUUAAAAUAUAAGUAAAAAGAGAGAAGGCACACUCCUGGACAUCUGAAAUUGCUCACUUCUUGAAGAUCUUCAGAACAAUGACUUCCAACUGUUUUAUGUUAUUAUUAUUUUAAUCCACAUAAAUCAUAAUGCUAAAAGAAACAUAUAGUUAGGUUUUAUGAAAAUCUAAUUGUAAAUAUGAAACUUUUUAAAUCUGAUUUUCUUUUAGUAUGAUUCUAGGCUAUGUAGAGAGCAAUUAUUUACAAAUCUGCAUAGUUGAGAUGCCCAGUGUUUUCCUUUAUUUAUUUGAAAAAGAAGAGGCCUAAACUGUCAGGUAGCUAAGUUUUUUUAAGACCUUAAAAGUUAGGGGAACACAACUGGUAGUGUUACCAUGCAUGUGUGCUGAUUGUAGUAUGUCUUUGGAGCUGUAAAUCUUGAGAUAGCAUUAAGAACUGCAGUUUGUGUGAUGAAAUUCCCAAUGAUGCUAAUUUUAAGUCUGCAUGAAUGUUAAGGAGUGACAGGUCUCAAGACUGCAUUAGAUAAAGUUUCAGGGUAAGGUAUUUCAGUACUGUGUUGGGCAGAAGGGUUAAUUUUUUUCAGCAUUAUAUCAUGGAAAGUACGAUGUUAAUCCAAGUUUUUUUUUCUUUCAGUUUUUAAUGCUUUUCUAUUGAUCAUCUGAGCUGGAAUUACUGAUUAUUACCUCUGUCCUCUGUGAAACUAGUGGCAUUCUGAAUUUGGUAAAAUAACCAUUGAUAGUUUUAGGAUAGUAAAUCAUUUCUGUUGUAUGAGACACCCACUAUACAGUUCUCAGGGCUCUAAAACCCAACCAUAUUUCUAUAACCAUUCAAAUAACUACUUAAAACAGUUAUACUUGCUAGUUCGAGAUGUCUAAAAUUUUCCAAAUACAAUAGAUGGGUGAAAAUUUGCAUAUAUUCAAGAAAAAUCAAAAUAAAAUUCUAUUUUGUAAAUCAUGUUUAAAUUUUUCUAACCAGGAAGAAAGAGUGCUCAGGGAAAAUAUGUUCCAAACUAUAAUCAUAUAAUAAAUUAUGUGUUUGUAAAUUAUAUGUAGGUCUCUGAAAAACUUUAAGAUGCACUGUUUCUAUUUUUUUAAGUCUUAAUUUGCCUUAUAAUUGACAUUUCUUCAGAUUAUUCAGAGAACAGACUUUAAUGUGUGACAAAAGAGCAAUUUCCAUUGAAAUGUUGAAGUGUUACACUCAGUUUACACGUACAGAAAUCAUUCUUUUUAGUGAGUCUUUUAGUUGAUAAAUGAAGCUAGAUGUUAUUUGAUAACCUUGGCUUUGCCAAGGUUUUUGAACUGCUGCUUGGAAAUUUUGUUCCAGUUUAUAUUUGUUUCGAUUGUUUGAUACUGUGGAAAUAGACUUUUAUUUUCUAAAGAAAAUGUCUUGUAGUACAUAUUAUAUGUAAGUACUCUGUUAAACACCAGAGUUUUUUUGUAGCUUACUGUGUUUUCUGUUAAAAGGAUUUGGGUUUGUACAUGUAAACAGUGCUGUAAUGGUCACUAGAUAAGGAAAAAAUACAUAUGCUCUUUCAAUUUUUAACUGAUGGUAAAAAGGCAAACUGCUUCUCCCCUGGGGGAACUGUACUACUGAAUUGAUUUUACAAACCAGAGUUUAUCAGAAUUUGAUUCUCUUCAGAAUGCUUUUGGCCAGGUGCAGUGGCUCAUGCCAGUAAUCCCAGCACUUUGGGAGGCCGAGGCGGGCGGAUCACCUGAGGUCAGGACUUUGAGACCAGCCUGGCCAACAUGGCGAAACCCCAUCUCUACUAAAAAUACAAAAAGAUUAGCAGGGCGUGGUGGCACACACCUAUAGUCCCAGCUACUCAGGAGGCUGAGGCACAAGAAUUGUUUGAACCCGGGCGGCAGAGGUUGCAGUGAGCCGAGAUCAUGCCGCUGCUCUCCUGGCCUGGGUGACAGAGUGAGACUCCAUUUCAAUUAAAAAAAAAAAAGAAUGUGUUUUUUAUUUUGUUAAUGUUGGUCUGUUAUACAUAGGACAGGUACCACAAACAUUUUACUUAAACUCUUAAUAGCAUUUCUUUUGCCAGAUACUUCAAUAUUUCACCUUACAUUAAUCCUGGAUUCACAUUUCUUUAAUCGAAAUAAAUGUUAAUGACAAAA